GACGAAUGUUGUUGAUUGCUGUGGUGGGUGCACUGGUUAUCGCCACGGCAGGUCAUCUCCGCAUGCCAACCAGGCCUACUACAUGCUGCAGGAAAGUUUCUAAUGCUUUAAUCCAAAACAUCAAGGAGUAUAAAGAGCAGGAAGCAGACGAUCCAUGCCUCCACGCCAUCAUCUUUACCACAGAGGAUAAGAAGAAGUUCUGCAGUAACCCAAAGUUACCAUGGGUGAAAGAACAGAUAAAAGAGCUGGAACAAAAAAAACUCAAGAAUUAACAAAGAGCUAUCCUGGAGUAGAACCAACCUACAGUGGAAUCAGGAUGCUGUUUUAUUCUACAAAAGCUAAUAUAUUUACUCUCUAAGCUUUAAAAAUCCCACUGACGAAUAAGCUUUACACAGGAAAACUGCACAGUUUUUACUACUGAAAGGUUUUAGGAUCACAUCCAUUGCACUUACCAUGGGUGGGACAUUUUGAUAUAAAUACAGAACUGAAUUGAUUUCAUAACCUUUUUUUAAUUCUUUACUUUUCUGUCUGUGUUGCAGCUGUGAACAUUAAAACA